AUGAUAUUGGAUGGCCCUACUACAGGGACGAGUUCACCUGGUUUAAUAGGUUCUGCUCCACCUCUGUUACCUCCACCAAUGCUUGGCGGUAUGCCGCCGCCGAUGCCGCCGACCGUAGCAAUGCCACCGGUUCCAGGAAUGCCGCCGGUUCCGGGAAUGCCACCGGUUCCGGGAAUCCCACCGAAUAUGGGACCACUACCGCCAUCAAUGGGCUUUCCACCAAUGAUGGCUCCUUUUUCAUUGCCACCUCCUGGAUUUCCACCAUUUAAACCAGAAUUAAGUGCACCAGCUCCAGAAAUAUCCCCAAUGGCUAAUCAAAGCUCUCCUUGGUCUGAGCACAAAGCUCCCGAUGGUCGUACUUACUAUUAUAACUCAAUCACCAAACAGAGUCUUUGGGAAAAACCAGAUGAUUUGAAGACUCCAGCUGAGAAACUGCUAUCAUCUUGUGUUUGGAAAGAAUACACUACAGAUGCCGGACGAGUCUAUUAUCACAAUAUUGAAACAAAAGAGUCAAGUUGGGUGAUUCCUAAGGAACUACAAGAUAUAAAAGACAAAAUAGCAGCGGAAGAAGCAGCACAGGCUGCUAUGAAUGCAGACAUACCACCUGGAGAAGUACCACUACCAUCUUCACCGGCAGUAAUGGGGACCGGUGGUAGCUCAGCUCUCGAUGAAGCCAUGGCAAAAACUCUAGCUGCUAUUGACCCUUCUUUAGCUAAUGCUAUUCCUAUUCCUGAAGAGAUAAAGCCAGAAGAAAUUGCAGCUCCACCACAACCUAAUGGCACUGAUUCUGCCGAGCCAGAACUUCAAUAUAAAGACAAAAAGGAAGCUAUUGAAGCUUUUAAAGAGUUGCUAAGGGAUAAGAAUGUUCCAUCUAAUUCAACAUGGGAACAAUGUGUGAAAAUUUUAUCAAAAGAUCCUCGGUAUGAAACGUUCAAAAAACUUAAUGAAAAGAAACAGGCGUUCAAUGCAUACAAAACUCAAAAGUUAAAAGAUGAAAGAGAGGAGCAGAGAUUAAAAACUAAAAAGAACAGAGAAAAUUUAGAAGAAUUCUUACUUAGUUGUGAAAGAGUGACCUCAUUAACUAAGUAUUACAAAUGUGAGGAAAUGUUUAGCAAUCUUGAGAUAUGGCGCUGUGUACCUGACUCUGAUAGAAGGGAUAUAUAUGAGGAUUGUAUAUUUACUAUUACAAAACGAGAAAAGGAAGAAGCAAAAGCCUUAAAAAAACGAAAUAUGAAGAUUUUAGCUCAAGUUUUAGAAAAUAUGAACGAAAUAACAUAUAGUAGCACGUGGAGUGAGGCUCAAGUUCUUUUAUUGGAAAAUGCGUCUUUUAAAAACGAUGUGAGCUUACUUGGAAUGGACAAAGAAGAUGCUCUAAUAGUUUUUGAACAGCAUAUAAGAAAUCUAGAGGCUGAAUAUAUUCAAGAAAGAGAACAGAUAAAAAAGAGGAAUAAACGUCAACAAAGGAAGAAUCGAGACAACUUUUUGGCGUUGUUAGAUGGAUUGCAUGAGGAGGGCAAGUUGACAUCCAUGUCACUGUGGGUGGAAUUGUAUCCCGUCAUCUCAGCUGACACACGUUUCUCUGCCAUGCUUGGGCAAAAUGGUUCUACACCUUUGGACUUGUUUAAGUUUUAUGUUGAAAAUUUGAAAGCUCGUUUCCAUGACGAAAAGAAAGUUAUAAAAGAAAUAUUGAAGGAAAAGGAUUUUGAAGUCAAACCUGAAACGACUUUUGAAGAAUUCGCCACUGUCGUGUGCGAAGACAGUAAGUCCGCUUCGCUAGACGCCGGCAACGUUAAACUGACGUACAAUUCUUUGCUCGAAAAGGCCGAGACGAGGAGCAAAGAAAAGCAGAAGGAGGAAUCGAAGGCUCAGAAGAAGAUCGAGAGCGCGUUCAAGUGGGCGCUCAGUGCUGCCAACGUCGACCCCUCGCUGCCGUGGAGCGAGGCGCGGGGUCUGCUCGACCCCGGCGCGCCCGAGCUGCUCGCGGUGUCUUCCGAGGAGGAACGCGCGCGACUAUACAAGGAGUAUCAGCAGGAGCGCGAGGACAGCUGCCUGCACUACCACCACCCCAAGCCGCGCAAGGCCAAGCGCUCGAAGAAGAAGAAGCAGCGCUCGCACUCGUCGCAGUCGCGCUCGCCGUCGCCGCGCUCCUCGCCGCGCUCCCCGCGCUCCCCGCGCUCGCCGCGCUCGCCGCGCUCCCCGCGCUCCCCGCGCUCCCCGCGUUCCCCGCGCUCCUCCAGCGGGGACGAGCGCCGCCGCCCGCGCCGCCGCCACCGCAAGCACGAGCCCACGAAGUCACCGAGUAUAGAAGAAGGCGGUAUAUCGGACGAGGAGCCCGUCAAGGAGCCGGUGAAACAUAAGAGCAAGAAAACAAAGCGCAGCGCGCCCUCAUCGCCCGACGAGCCCGAGCUGUCGCACAAGCCUAAGAAGAAGAAGGACAAGAAAGAAAAGAAAGACAAGGCGGGGUCUGCGUGGAGCGACGCGGAGCUGGAGUCGCGGCGCGCUGCUCUGCUGGCUCAGCUGCACGAGCACGAGGCGGACUGA